AUGGGCUCCGUCCGCGGCGGGUGCGGCUCCGGCGGCGGGCGGCGCACACUGGACCCGGCCGCGCGCGCCCCGCCCCACGCCCGUCCGUCAGCCCUGCGCGGCCUGCGAUUGGCCGAGCGCGCCGGGCCCGGCUCGCCCCGCCCCGGUUGGCCGAGAGGCCCGCCCGUCAGAGCCCCGGCCGGGCGGGGCUUCCGGGAGCCUCGCCGAGGGCGGCGCCCGCUCUGGCGGCCGGCGCGGGCCGCGGCCUGCGGGGCUGGUUGCGCGGAGCGUCGGGCCCCGGGGGGCGGCGUCCCCGAGGGAGGCCCGGGCUCUCCCUGGGGCAGGCGGGCCUCGCGGGGAGAUAGAGACCCCGUGGCUAAGCGAGUCCGCGGCCGGGUGUGGCCUGGGGCGGGGCGCUGCUCCCGGAGCCCCGCGCCGGACCCCGGGCACCCCCGCCGGGCACCGCUGCGCCUACCCCGCCCCCGGCCCGGGUCCGCGCCGCCCCUCGCAGGGCCCGGAAAGGAGGCGACGGCCCGAGGGCUAAGCCUCAGGGAGGCAGGAGCCCGCAUCUUCAACCCCGCGGAUGCCCCGGACCUGAGGCCGGAGAAGGGCGGAGGGGCUGUCCAGACGAGGGUCAGGCGCAGGUGGCUCCGGGAGGGGCGCCUGGCAGCUUCUGCGGGGUCCUGGGAGCGGCUCGGCCUCGCGGGCGCCUCGCCUGGGCGGGGACGUCUGAGCCCGCGGAACGGCGAGUCCGGCUCCGUGUUUCCAGCCAGUGCCCAGGGUCUUGCUUCUCGCUUACGAAAGAACGUUCCCGGGAGCUCAUCCCGCUGCCGGCCUCGACCCCGGCGGGACCCUGGGGGCCGCUCCCGCCUCCAGCACGGCGCCAACCCCGCGUGUCCCGUUGACGGCCGGGGUCCUUUUGUCGUGGCGUGGGCCACACAAGUAGGCGGAGGUGAACCCUGCAGGGCCCUGGUCUCAGGGACCGCCCGACAGGGGCGCCUCCCACCUGAGAAAGGCGGGCACGAGUCUCCAUCCCACGUCACCUUUGUGGGUGCAGACUUUGGGCUCGUCUGCGCCCCGCGGGCUAGACAGCGUCUCCCCUCCCCAGCGUCCCUCCUUGUGGGAGGGGCCCUGCCGUGCGCCCGCGCGGGGCGAGACCAGCGCGAACCCCGCAACCAGGUUGGCCCCCCGCGCCCCAGCAACCGUCGCUAA